AUGAACAACGGAAGCCCAGCUCAGUCGCCCGUCACUGCUCAGGCUCCCCAGGUGGCCCCUCUUCCCAACUCUCCGUCAUUCUCGUCAACCAUGUCGAUGGAGAGCUCUGGCGCAUAUGAUCCCGAUGCCCCCAAGUACUUCUUCCAAGAAAAGUACGCUCCACUGAACGUCAGAGGAAAUUUCUUGACUUUGUGUGCUUGCCCAAAGAAUGUUGAGCUGGGAGAAUGGCUGGCCCACCAGAUUGUCGAACAGUAUCGCCUGCUUCACGGUAUGCUGCAGAUCAUUCAGGAAGUUAAUGGCGUUACUGGCCUUCCUAUCUGCAAUGAAAAUACUUGCCCAACUAUGUCGGCUGGACGUCUGACUUAUACCUGGCUCGUGGAUGGCCGUGCUGCCAAAAUCCCGGCUCCCAAGUUCAUCAACCGCGUUGAAAAGUGGAUCGUCAGCAAAAUCCAUGACCCCGUCAUGUUCCCCACAGACAAGGUCAACGGCUUGCCCGAAACGUUUGCGCUCAAUGAGAUCACGGGCAGUAAUGGAUCCGCACCAUCCACCCCCAGCGUGGCUCCGGCAGGUGCUCCUACGGAUGAGUGGAUUGGCAAAUCCAGUGGCUUCCCCCAGACUUUCUACAAGGAUUGCCAGGGAAUUAUGAAGCAGAUGUUCCGUUGCUACGCUCAUCUCUACCACGCCCACUGGCUGAACCCAUUCUGGCACAUCAACAAGCACGACAUUCUCAACAUGUGCUUCGUGCACUUUGUUACCGUUGCCAAAUACUACAAGCUUGUAUCCGACAAGGAGAUGGAGCCCAUGCAGCCUCUGAUUGAUCUGUUCAUCAAGCAACAGAGAAUUCCCCCGGAAGCGCUUGGUGGCGGUCACUGGGCGCAGCAACCCUCCACUAGCUGA